AUGAAACCUAAGGUGAAGAAAGAGCAAUCUUCCACAUCAGGUCAAGCUUCGGAGGAAGAUCCUCAACCGAUAGCCUUUGCUAAAAAACAUAGAUUCAAAGACACAUUAGCAUUAUUUGUUGUGUUUUUAAGCUUUAAUCAUUUUUCAUCUCUUUGUUUAUUAUUUGCGUUUGUUAUAGCCACACAAUGCAGAAACUUUAUUGCAAAUUGUUUCAUCUCAUUAUUUUUAUCAAAGAAACCGUCUCCAUGUAUUACAGAGGUGGCACAUUUAGAUCAAGUUGAAACGAGAAAGAAAUCUGAUUCCAAUACCUUACCUGGUAAGAAAACAUUUCGUCACACUUCAAGUCAAUCAAUUUCAAAUGCAUCUACGUUGACAAAUCAAACUAUUAAGAAAUCUGUAGAUGGAAAAUCUAAGAUAUCUCUCCCUAUCUUAUUGGCAGAAAUUAUAGUCGCAACAAUACUAAAAUUUUUUGGAGGCAGUUAUUUUAUUAGUCCUAUUGAAAAUUUAGCCAUGUCCACAUUAGCAUCCUUUUUGAUCAAUGACCCUAGCGACUGUCUAAGUUACGCAACUUCAUGCUCCGUAUUAUAUGCUGUGGUCUUUAACCUUUGUCAAAAACUAUCCCCUUUCUUAAAUGCUAGGAAUUAUUUGUUAUGGAAACCACCCUUCCAUUGGGACCCUUCUUCUACUACUACCAAUAAUUUUGGGGGGACUAAUGGAUAUAAUAACACACACUCAUGGUUGAAUUUAUUUUUUCCCUUGAAACUUAUCUAUAUUAUGAUUUAUCCACAGUGGCUAACAUUAUUUGAAAAAUAUAUUAGGCACCUGCGCUACUAUCUCUGUUUUCAUAUAAUAGUUUAUCAAUUUACACAAAGUUUCAUGAAUCCAUAUUAUUACAAUGAAGCAUCCACAUCAACAUCCUCUUCCAAGAAUCGUUCCUCUAAUCCUUUAUUCAAGGGAAAAUCAUUUUUGAAAAAUGAAAACUUGAACAGAUCAACACAGAGGGUAGCUUCGAAUGGUUCGAAUAGAGUGGUCUCGUCAGGGAACAGUAAUACCAAUCCACAUUAUCAACCUGAAACUCCAAAUGUACAACAGCAACAACAACAACAGAAUAACUCUAAUGAAUCAAGAGCACCACAUUUAAUUAAUAAUCUAAAGGACGCUACACCAACUCCUUAUUUCACUUCCACAGUUAAGAAUUAUAAGGUUUUUGAUCCCAUUGUCACCGUGGCUGAGGAUACCAAUUUACAGGCUGUAACCACCACCUUUGAUGAUAACGAAAAUAAUUUGAACAAAAAUAUAAGUACUAAUUCUACAGAUAACACCACAUUUAAGAAUCAACUUUUCGAAAUGGAAAUUGAUUUGGAUAAUAUUAACCAAGAGACUAAUAAUUUGAGGACAGACUUGACUGUGACAAGCAAUCUUGAAAAUUUUAUUAGACAUUUAUUCAAAAGGAAAAAUCAACAUUUGAUUCCUCCUUUAUGGUCCAUGUUUGUCACUCUGAAAACCACCAACUUUGAGAAGAAAUACUUGAAUCAGUAUAAAAAAGUCGUUAACAAUACUUUAACUCCCGUGAGUUCAUAUGCCAAUGCUAAUGAAAAUGAACCUCAAUCUAAUAUUACUCCAAUUAACUCUAAUAAUAGUAUUUCGCAUACAGUGAUUACCGAUCCGUCGGAUACGUUGGCAAGAAAGAGUGUCUUCAAUAAUGCGGACCCUGCAAAGGCAAUGGCAAUAAUUGCACAAACCACUUCUGAUGACUACGACCAAUUAAACUUGGUAUCUACCAGAAUGAACAUUUUUAACAGAGACGAUAAUGAGUACAAAGUUUGUAUCAUUGAUAUUGGUACCCACUCAAUUACUUUUCAUAUUGAAAACUUGCACGAUGGUGAACUAAUCGUCCUAGUGAAUGGUCUUAUUUGGUCCGAAGUUUCAUGCGCUCUGAUCUUGGAACGUGUUGGGGAAGAAUAUGUCGUUGUAAGUGGACUGGUUCCUUCAUGUUCCUAUGAUAUUCAAUUCGUUAAUAGAUUAGAUCAAACUGAUGAUUAUUUGAUCUCUGAUUUAAUGAUCAGGACAAGUAGUAUACUUAACAAUGAUUCUUCUAAUGACAAAACUGAAGUCUCUGAAAAUUUUGAAAAUUUAGAUUUCAGUUUCCCCUCAUACUAUCAUAGAAAAUUUUUGUCCCCAUUAUUGACUUUGAAGCAUUCUGUUUUAACAACUAACGCUAAUUUAGCUGAUGAGAGAAAUAAAAUAAAGAAGACAAAGAAAGAAAUUAACAAAAAAUUGAACUCUUUAAGACAGGAGAUCGAUCAUUUUAAAGGAAAAAUUGAACAGAAUGCAACCAACGAUGAAAAGAACACCUCAAAGGUUGAUAAUUUGAAGAUUGCAUUGCAACAAAAUGAGAAAGCUUUGAAGCAAUUGGAAGAAGAUUUGAAACGGGCAUCCGAAAAGGAACUUGCUUUAGAAGAAGAUUACUUAACUAAAAAAGAUUAUCAUUUACAGAAGGAAUUGGAAUUUAGUAAAUUGGAAGAAAGUUUGAAUAAAGAUUUGUCUCUUGUGAAAGCAAAAGAAACCAAAUUACAGAAUGAAUAUAAUCAAUUGUCAUCUAAAAAAGAUAAACUGUCAUUGAGACAUGAGAAAUUACAAAAAGAGCUGGAUGAAAACAAUGAACUCUUCACUGUGGUAAAGGAACAAUUUGUCGUCAAAAGAGAAAAUGAAAGAUUAAAGAGACAGGAGGCUAGAAUUCGUGAAAUUAGUGAUUUUGAAUUAGGAAUCAAGGGUUUAGAACAAGAUAUAAGUCGUUUGGAUGCUGAAAAUGAUCACAUCCAAGGAUUAUUGAAUGGAUUUUAA